UGCGCUGCACUGCUGGCGUGGGAAGUUGCUCCAAAUACGGUAUGGACCGCUAAGGCUUAUCUCCGUUCGUAUGUGGGAGGCUUAUGGAAGCUGACAUCAGAUAAAAUUCGCUGGGAGUUCGUAAUAUGUUCCGAUAAAACAACUUCUGUAAUAAGUCCAGUACUUUUCCGUGGCUACUUCGAACUGCACGAAACUUUUGGCAAAAAUGCGUAGCACAAUUAUCUUUCUAACCUUUUUGAUAUUCCUCUCCUUGUCGUGGGCUGACGAUUAUUAUAAACUUUUGGGAGUGGAUAGAACAGCUGAUCAACGAGAUAUAAGAAAAGCAUUUAAGAAACUGGCAAUUACAGAACAUCCAGAUAAGAAAACUGAUGACCCAGAUGCUCAUGCCAAAUUUAUCAAGUUGACAACAGCUUAUGAGGUAUUGAAAGAUCCUGAUCUGAGGAAAAAGUAUGAUUUAUAUGGAGAGGAAGGACUUGAUGAAUCAAAGAGGCGUAGCAAUUAUCACUCCUAUUCAUAUUAUCAGACUAAUUUUGGAAUCUACGAUGAUGAUCCUCAGAUAGUCACAUUAAAUAGAAAUGAUUACUUUGACAGUGUCACUGAGUCUGAAAAAAUGUGGUUUGUCAAUUUUUACUCACCACAGUGUAGUCACUGCCAUCAUUUAGCUCCAGUGUGGAGAAAAGUUGCCAAAGAUCUUGAAGGUGUUAUUCGAGUUGGUGCAGUAAAUUGUGAGGAUGAUUGGCAUUUGUGUAGUCAAGUUGGAAUUCAAUCAUAUCCUACUUUAUUAUACUAUCAACCUAAUUCCAAACAAGGAAUGAAAUAUAACAAUGAUAAAUCCUAUGAUGCUAUAAUGAAGUUUGUCUUGGAUAGAAUUGAUGCAGAUAUUCAUGAAAUAAGCAAAUCAAUUUGGAACUCCUUGAUUAAAGGUAAAAUUUCAAAUGACAAACCGACGUUAAUUUUUGUAUGUGGCCAAAAUCGUUAUUGUUUUACUAAUGAAGAGAGACUGAGGAUUGCUGCAAUAUUUGAUAAAAUGGUAGAUGUCAACGUUUUUGAAUGUAAAAAAGAUUGUGGUAAUAUACUUUCUGACACAACGGGAGUAGUAUAUUUGCCACUAAAUAAUGACCCGAAUUUCAAACCAGUAUUGUUUGAUGAUAUUUUGGAAGUGGAAGACGUAGUUAAAAAAGUGUUAGAGCAAUUGCCUGAACCUCAAGAUAUUAAUGAUGAUGAUUUUGAGGAUAUUUUGGAUAAUUUAAAAACAAAAUCGUCAGACGGAUGGCUGUUAUGUUUUUACGUUGGUCAUGCUACUGAAUUUGAUGUUUUGUUGAAGCAGUUACCAACUAUGUUAAAAGACGUUAAUUUAGCUAAAAUUAAUUGUGGAAGAUACACGACCUUAUGCAAAAGUUUGAAUAUUAAUCAUUAUCCAACUUGGGGAGUUUUGAAACCUGGAGGGGCGUUCGAAAUAAGUCAUGGAAAAAAUACAAUGAAUGAUGUUGCCAAUUUUGCCAAAAACAGUUUAAAAGCUCAAAAUGUAUGGGCUUUGUCUGCUAGACAAAUACACGACAUUCUUGGCAAACAUACUGGCGAAGUUUGGUUCUUGGAUUGGUAUGCUCCAUGGUGUCCACCUUGUAUGAAAUUCCUCCCAGAAGUUCGGAAAGCAUCUUUAGAAUUUGACUCAUCAGUGCUGCACUUUGGCACCAUUGAUUGUACAGCCCAUGUUGAAAUUUGUAGGCAAUACAACAUCCGAUCGUAUCCCACUGCGAUGCUUGUCAAUGGAAGUAGCACCAUUCAUUAUGCAACUCAAAAAACAGCAGCGCACAUCGUUGAUUUCAUCAAUGAAGCCAUGAAUCCAACGGUUUUCCACUUAACUUCCGAAAACUUCCACAAGAAAUUAGGGAAAAAAAGAGCCAAGUAUCUAUGGGUCGUAGAUUACUUUGUUCCAUGGUGCGGUCCGUGUCAGCAAUUAGCUCCGGAAUGGACUGCCGUUGCAAAAGCAUUGAAACCCUUGUCUUCGUUCGUUACAAUUGCCAGUGUGGACUGUCAAGCGGAACAAUCGAUAUGCCAGUCGCAAGCCGUUCGCAGUUAUCCAACUAUUAGGCUGUUUCCAAUCGGUAGCGAAGGAUUCAAUUCGGUGGCAAUGUACAAUGGUCAACGCGACGCUAAUUCUUUAUUGAGAUGGAUCGUGCAAUUUUUACCAGUGCAAGUAGAAGAAUUGAAUGACAAAAAUUUAGAGAAGGAAGUACUCAAGACUGAUGACGUGGUAUUAGUAGACUAUUUCGCUCCAUGGUGUGGACAUUGUGUAGCUUUGGAACCUCAUUAUGCGAUAGCUGCACAGUUACUCAAACGAAAAGUUCGAUUGGCAAGGAUUAAUUGUGACUACUACCAAUACUGGUGCGGUCAGGCUGGAAUAAGAUCUUAUCCUACAAUGAAACUCUAUACAACAAAGAAAACGCGUUAUAGUCUAGCGGGUGGAAUGAGAAUACAAGGCUCAACAUCCGAAGAAAUAAAAAACGAGGUGCUAAAGUUACUGCCAAAAGUGAGAGACGAACUCUAAAGCUAACUUAGGUGCCUUAAGCGAGUAUCAACGCAACGGAAUUGUCGGCCAAACUAGAUGAAUUUACGUACGAGAUAAGUGUGUGACAGUUGUAUCUGCAUAUCUUACUCGGAAUGGAAAGUUUCGCAUGUAGCGUGCACGUCUCUAUCGGUGUUUUUACUGGAAUUGUAGUUAAUCAGUACUACUAAAAUUCACUUAGGAGAGAUGUUUCAAUUGAUCAAAUUACCGAUCAACGAUUAAUCAAUUUUAAGAUUUAUUUCUAAGACUAUGUUACAUUCCUUUGGUAUUGGUUCUAAAGUUGUUAAAAUCGAAUCCCAUCUCCAGUGAUAUUAAUGCAAUGAUUUUCUUUUUACUAUUUCUGUUAUUUUCUAUCGGUUAUGAGUUUAACUGAACCAACGCCAAAAUAAAUGUCUUACUUCC